UCCCCCUUUUUCUCUCUCUCUUUCUCACACUCCCCUCUCUCUCUGUCUCUCUGUCUGUCUCUUAAAGUAGCACACUGCAGGAGUAGACGAGCAGUGAGAGUGAGAGUGUGUGUUUGACUCUGAGCCUCUCGGUGUGUCUCUGUCUCUGCUCCUUUGUCAAAAUAAACCCGGAUAUUUAAAGGUUUUCUCACCAUUUUGGACACAGACUUUCACUCAAAAAGAUGCAGUCUUAGCUGAGCUCCGCUGGACGGUCUGGACAGGCCCAUGGACCUGCGAGUGUCCCCCAGAUCAGUGCAGUGUAAUCGGGGAGUGAACAUGCACUCUCCCCCUGCCCCCUCUGUGCUGCUGGGACACUUGAGCACACACUGCCCCCUCAAGCAGCAACACCUGAAGUUCAACUCAGAAAUGGAGCCCGACACAACAGAUGAGAUCCUGCGCAGAAACAGAAGCGAGCAGAGUGCAGAUGUGAAGAAGAUCCUGAGGGAGCACAUCAUGAGCCGACACCCCCCACAGGAGAGAGCACCCCCUGUGGCCAGCGCAGGCUUCAGAGUGCCAAUGUCAGAGGCUCUGUCUCCUCAAACCUCCACUGACUCCAAGAAGGCGCUGCGCAGAACAGUGUCGGAGCCCACUCUGAAGUGGAAGCCGAGGAAGAUGAUGGGAGCUCGGCCCAACCCUCUGCAGAGGAAGAUCAGUGCGCCCCCUGAUGUCAGACAUCGGAGUGACACAGGAGCAGACUCUCCCUGUAGCAGCGCUCCAGUGUCUGAGAGCAGCUCAUGUGACAGCCUCCUGACUGACAGCGCCACCUCUCUGAUACAGGAGACUGGACCCCCCUCUCUCCCUCACUUCUCUCCCCUGUUCAGGCCUCUGGACCUGGGUACAGCUCUGAGCCAGCGCCUGCAGCCGGUCCUGGUCCUGGAUCAAAGCACUGGACUCCUCCAUCACCAGCUUAUGGCCUUACCAGACCUGAGCUCGGUGCCUGUGCCUCCACAGCGCCCCCUGUCUGCUCUCAGAGGCAGAGAUGGUGUUACACUGGGCUCCCACAGACCUGUAAAGAGAACCCGAUCUGAGCCCACACCAUACUCCCCCUCCCCUCUACUCCUCCCCCCCUCUCACCCACACUCCCCCCUCCUCCUCCCCCCUGGACCCGCCCCAUCCCAGAACCUCUGGACCAGGUCUGGACUGGACCGAUAUAAGUCCAACACUCCACUCAGCAAGAUCCCUUCAGAGGACUCAGACUUGGAUGAGACCAGAUCUCGGUCUAGCUCUGGUCCUGGCUCAGACCCUGGUUUAGACCCUGGUUCGGUCUAUGGGCCAGUCUGUGGGUCAGACCAGAGGCGUAGACCCAGUGUAGACUCAGUCUAUGGCUCAGAGUCCAACGCCUCAUCCAGAGAGAGUCUACUGGACACUCCCCCCGCCCUCAGCCAGAGGCUCCAGAGGCCCAUCGCUCCCCAGGACUGUCCUCGAGCCUCGGCCCCGCUCUGGGCUCACCUCCCCCUGGGCAGAACACGCUCACUACCUGCCCCUACCUCCAUAAGCCCACAUACUACUCCACUCAGAUUUACUACAGGUCUGGUGUACGACGCUCAGAUGCAGAGACAUGAGUGCAGCUGUGGGGACUGGACUCGUCAUCAUGAACAUCCAGGUCGCACCGAGUCUAUCUGGACCCGCCUCACGCAAAGCGGCCUCCGGGGGCACUGUGAGCUCGUCCCCAGCAGAAAGGCCAGUGUGCGGGAGCUGCAGUCGGUCCAUUCACAAGACUAUGUGCUCAUGUACACCACUGACCCCGCGCACCAGGACGAGACCGGAGCGCGCCAACCCACCGAGAUCCUGCCCAGAAGGCUCAUGGUGCGGCUGCCGUGCGGAGGCUUCGGGGUGGACAUAGACACAGUGUGGAGAGAGCUGCACACGUCUGCUGCCUCCAGGAUCGCUGCCGGCUGCGUUAUAGACCUCGCCCUGAAGGUGGCACAAGGACAACUCAAGAAUGGUUUCGCUGUGGUCAGACCUCCAGGACACCACGCCACACACUCCUCUCCUCUAGGCUUCUGUUACUUUAACUCUGUGGCCAUCGCCGCCAAACAACUUCUACAGAGACUCAAUCUCAACAAGAUACUCAUCCUGGACUGGGACGUUCACCAUGGUAACGGGACCCAGGACGCCUUCUACAGUGACCCCAGGGUGCUCUACAUCUCUCUGCAUCGCUAUGACAACGGAACCUUUUUUCCCGGCAGCGGACACCCUGAUGAAGUGGGGGCAGGAGCAGGAGAGGGCUUUAAUGUGAACGUGGCCUGGAAUGGAGGACUGGAGCCCCCUAUGGGUGACGCAGAGUACCUCGCUGCUUUCAGGGCUGUGGUGAUGCCCAUCGCUCAUGAGUUCGGUCCAGACCUGGUCCUGGUCUCCGCCGGCUUCGACGCUGUGGAGGGAAACCCAGACGAGCUCGGAGGAUAUAAAGUCACUGCCAAAUGUUUUGGGUUCCUGACUCGACAGCUCAUGUCUCUGGCUGGAGGCAGAGUGGUCCUGGUCCUGGAGGGAGGCCACCAGCUCACAGCCCUGAGCCACUCUGCAGAGGAGUGUGUGAAGGCACUGCUAGGGAGAGAGGUGGAGCCACUGUCCCCCAGUGUCCUAGAGCAGAGGCCGUGUGCACAUGCCAUCCAGACUCUGCACACCGUCCUACAGGUGCAAGGUGAAUACUGGCGUAGUUUGCAGGACUCCUUCCUCUCCCUCCCGCUCUCGUACUCAGAGGCUCAGAGGUCCAGACUUCGCAGAGACUUGGAUUCGGACACGGUGAGAGGCAUCGCCGCUCUGUCCGUGACCCCGCUGCACUCCCGAAGGAGACACGACUCAGGAGAAGAGUCCAUGUGAAGGAUGUUUCUACGACCUCUGAUCUCUGAGCUCACUGUAAAAAAAACAAAAAAAACAACAACUGUAUUUUCUUGGAUAAAACUGUAUUUUUGAAGGACAUUUUUUUUUUUUUUUUACAUCACAACUGAAGCACUUAUUUGAUGAAGCACAGACAGUCAUCUCUCAGCCAAUCAGUCACAAGCAGCCUUGAAGAGGUCAAAGUUCACAGAGCACAAGAGCAAACGUAUCCGGCGCUGACGGAUCCGGCGUCUAGGUUUGAUGAUGUCAUCUCUGUGCACCUAAGCAGGAUCUGUGAAGGAUAUGACCCUGUGAUCUGUUAAGCAAGUGUCUACAACAUGUCAGGGAAAUAAGAGGACUAAACCAGGUGUAAACCGGGACUAAACCAGGACUAUACUAGGUCUAUACCAGGCCUGAACCAGACCUGAAUGAGGACUAAACAAGGACUAAACCAGAUCUAAACCAGGACUAAACAAGGACUAAACCAGAUCUAAACCACGACUAAACCAGGACUAAACCAGACCUAAACCAGGACUAAACCAGAUCUAAACUAGGACCAAACCAGGACUAAACAAGGACUAAACCAGGACUAAACCAGAACUAAACCAGGACUAAACCAGGACUAAACCAGGUCUUGGUCACACGGGACAUGUCUUUGUGAUGGCCUUGUCCCGGUUUAAACUUUCUUCAUUUACAUUCAUAUUUCUGGUGAGAUUCUCACAAUAGUUGAAACCUUACGGCGUGUUAAUAUCACCCAGCUCUGUUUGAUUCUGCUGCAUGACUUCAGUGAUCCAGAGGAUCAAAACAUCUUAAAAGGAUUCAGGAAAUAUGGCGGCGUUCAAAAAUAUACAAAACAUAUGUAAGUGCAGCGACUUCAAACCCCGUCUGAGCAUCACACAGAUUAAAAAUGACUUUGUUCUGAACAACUUGGAGCAGGAACAAAGCAGCUGUGGCAGAGUGGUUAGCCUUCCAGUGGCGUUUGCAUGUUCUGCCUGUGCCUGGGUCAACCUAAAGCAUUCACAACAGGUCACAUACUCCAGCUGAGUCCUGACCAAGACUAGCUCAAGAUCUGGAGAUGGUCCCACUGCUCCUGACAGGUUUGACCCAGAGACACUGAAGGGCGGUCAAAUCUAGAGGAUUACAUAACUCUGCAUACCACAAUGUUCUCUGAGGCCUGAGAUAGACCUGGUUUAGACCUGGUUUAGACCUGGUUUAGUAUUGAUCUUGUUCUGGUUUAGUCCUUGUUUAGUUCUGGUUUUGUCCUGGUUUAGCCCUUUUUUAGACCAUGUUUAGACCUGGUUCAGUCCUGGUUUAGUCCUGAGUUAGAAAUGUUUUUAGACCUAGUUAAGUCCUGUUUUGGUCCUGGUUCAGUCCUGGUUUAGUCCUGAUUUAGACUUUGUGAAUAGAACAAUAGCGUGUUAUUGAUGCUCCACACAUGGACCCGGGUUUAGUCCAGACUUGAUCAGGACCACAUGGGACUCCCGGACUGGCACAAAGUGGACUCACUCCUGGUUGAGACCUAGUUUAGUACUGGUUCAGUCCUGGUUUAAUUCUAGUAAAGUCCUGGUUUAGCCCUGGUCUAGCCCGGUUUUAGUCCUGGUUCAGUCCUGGUUUAGUCCUGGUUUAAUCCUGGUUUAGUCCUGGUUCCAUCCUAGAUUAGUCCUAGUUUAGUCCUGGUUCAGUCCGGGUUUCGACCUGGUUUAGUCCUGCUUUAGACUUUGUGAAUAGAACAAUAGCGUGUUAUUGAUGCUCCACACAUGGGCCCGGGUUUAGUCCGGACUUGAUCAGGACCACAUGGGACUCCCGGACUGGCACAGACUGGACUCGGACUUCAAAGAUCCUGGAAAAGUCUGGAUCCUUUUGGGUCUGGUCCGGACCGAGUCUUGGACCCAGGGCGGCACACGGCUCCUUUGAACUGCUCUUUCAUGUUGGGGCCUUCGUCACGGUGCUAAAGAUGAUUUUUAUAAUUCGAUUUGUUACAUUUCUUUCUUGUGUUGAGACGAUGCAGCGGAUUCUCUAUUUUUGUGAAGAAGUGAAAGUCCUGGUUUAGUCCUGGUUUAGUUCUUGUCUGCUGAUUUUUAUAAUUAAUUUCUUUCUUGUGCUGCAGCAGAAUCUGUUAUUGUGAAAAUGUGAACGCAGAUGUAGCAGGACUUUGAGCUCACGGUUUUAAAGCGCCCAGAUUACACUAUUUUAUUUCUGUGUUCUAAUGUGAUUUACUCAUCACACACACACCUGGAGUUGUGUUUGUUUCAUUCACAUGUUUAACACACAAACCUACAUAUUUACGAUGAGUUCUUCUCUCAAACAGAAAACACUCUGCUCCACCUUAUGAUGUCAUGAAGUGCCCCAUUGUGUUUUUAAACUCCACACACCUUCACCAGAAUCAUUUGGAUCAUUUCAGCCUUGGAAUUUCAAAGCUCUUCUGAACUAAGGUAAACGGAGCUGUUCACUUGAAAACUACCACUUCAUGACAUCACAAGGUGGAACAGAGCCUUUGGAGAUGUAAACAGACUAAUAAUAAUAAUGCAGAGUUACUCAAACAUGUGUGAAUGAAACAAAACACAACUCCAGCUGUGUUUUUGAGGAGGGAACAUUAAAACAUGUCUUAAAUCUCACAAGAGUUCAUUUUGUGUAAUAUAGGACCUUUCAUUUUGGGGUUUUACUUCAAUUAAUUAUUUUACUGUUUUAUUUUUGUAGUUUGGAGAAACUGAAUGUAAAAAGACCAAAUAAUGAGCCAUAAGCCUUGAAUGUGCUAAUGACAAACCUGUAUGAAGGAGCAAACCUAGAAUGUACUUCAUGUAAUGUACUUCAUGAAUGUACUUGAUGGAACAUUGUAAGCAAAGCAAUCACAUCGAUAUGGAGACGAGCAGGUAGCGAACUCUCCAUAGAAAAAGUUACAUAGUGCACUUUUAAGUCAUAUUACAGAUACAGAAUGUCUAUGACCCUGGAUUCGAAAUACAGUGAAACCAAAAGUGAUAUCAGAACAAUAUUGAAAUGUAUAAGAUGUGACUCAGAGUACACAAAGAUUGAAUGUAGAGGUUGUGGUGAAUAUCAGGAGCUCUGAUGUGUAAAUCUGCUGUGAGGAAGCAGAAGAGGCACCACACGUCACACGUUUGCUCACUGCCUUUUCUCUGUCUUUGUUUUUUGUUUAACACUUUCUACAUUUUAGAUCCACACACAAGACAUCAAAUAUACAGAAUUAUGUACAAAAGAAAAACAGUGAAAUAACUCAAGUAAAUAUUUUUAUAUAUUUGAGGUUCAAAUGCCGCUGUUUGCUUUGUGGACAGCUGCAAACCUUUGGCCUUCUCUGAUUGAGCUUCAUGAUGACGUCCCUGACAUGGUCUUCACUUCACAGCUGUGCCACGUCAGGGUCAAGAAAUUAUGAGUGAAAGAGGCGAAGUUUAGAGUUAUUUAGAGUGUAUUUUCUGUUUACUAUAUUCACAGUGUAAAUGAUCAUGGAAAUAGAGAAGAAACGUUCAUGAAAAAGUGCACCCAAACCUUUGACUGGUCCUGGGGAUGGAAAAAAUCGAUAGACUCUUGAUAUACAUAUAAGAAUAUAGAGUGGAUCUUCUGUGAUUAAAGCCAUUAAAAACGAGACAUGAAAAAGAACCGUCCAGUGCACACUCACACACACGUGCACACUCACACACGUGCACACUCACACACGUACACACUCACCGCUCCUCGGGGUGCUCUGACAGGACACUCAUGUUUGUGCUCAACUUGAACCUGAACCACAUUUACAGGCUCGUGUGUCGUCUCAUUAUUAAGAUUAAGGUUUUCACUUUUGUCACUGUCGACCUCCCCUGUAAUCCUCUACUUUUACCCCAUAAAAAUACACUCCAUGAUUGAUGCAUUUGGCACUUACUGAAUUAAACCCCCAAGCACACAGAGCUCUACACACAUCUGUGCUGUGUGUGUGUGCGUGCAUGUGGUCAUAGCCUAAAGACGUGUGUGGUGUGUGUGUGUGUG